UCCUCUUCCUUCGACGCUAUCAGAGGCGAAAACGAAGAUCUUGUCUUCCAACUUCAUUGACUGUGUGUCUUCCUACAGUAUCAUCUCCAUUCGCAAAGAGAACUACCCAGAAUUGGAAGUGGUAUGUGGAGGAAGAAGAACGAAUCAACGAGAAACACAUCUACAAACGAUGGAUUAUACGUAGAAAAUUUUAAGUACUUGUCUGGACGUUGGUCAUUAUUGAAACAAUCGUUCAAUAAUAACUUCGAGAGACUAUUCGAUUUCAAAACGAGCAAUGUAUCGAGUUUUGAAAAGUUCACUCAAUUCCUUUAUCGUCCGACUGAUCCAUCUAGUCUGGGAGUGGCAAGAGCUUUAUUUGGAUUGUGCAUGGUAAUAGAUAUUGUCGAGGAGAGAGGAUUAGCAGACAUCGACAUAAAAUGGGGCGAUCCGUGGGAUUGUCAUUUCCCUUUGAUACACGGAAUGAAAGCGCCGUCGCUUCCAUGGAUGAUAAUGAUAUACACGGUGAUGUGGACAGGUGCCUUCGGAAUCGCGCUCGGUUUGCACUUUAAGAUCGCGUGCGCUUGCUUUGUGUUACCCUAUUGGUAUAUCUUUCUCUUGGACAAAGGCUAUUGGAACAAUCAUACUUAUCUCUACGGCAUUGUAGCGACCUUGUUCUGGGGAACGGAAGCGAACAAGUAUUUCGCAUUUGAUGCAAGUAACGCGAAACGAAACGGCAAUUUUGUGCCAUACUGGAAUUAUUUCAUCCUGAAAUUUCAAUUUUUCGCUCUUUAUUUCUUGGCCGGCUUGAAAAAGUCCGGCAGAGAAUGGCUCGAAGGUUACGCUAUGACAAAUCUGUCCAGACACUGGGUAUUUCAUCCGUUCAAAAUAGUUUUAACAACCGAACAAAUUGACUUUCUAAUUGUUCACUGGUUCACUUUUAUCUUCGAUCUGUCCGUCGGAUUCUGGAUGCUGUUCGAAAAAACACGAAUACCGGCCAUGAUAUUCUGCACUGCUUUUCACGUAAUGAACUCGAGACUAUUUAGCAUAGGAAUGUUCCCGUAUGUGUGCCUAGCGACAAUGUCGCUAUUUUGCAGCGCGGACUGGCCACGUAGAUUAGAACUUUAUUUUAGCUCGAAGCGAGAGAUCUUACUGACUGAUGUAAAUUUAAUCGGCGCAGAUAGCGUGAAAGAGACUGAUAGUCAAAUAAAAGAAUCUCUAAGUUCCGAUUGUUCCGCGUUGCCUUCAAAUGAAAUUUUACAUAAUGAAACAAAGCAUAAAGAAAAAAGAACAAAGAAUGAAGUAGAUAAAAAUUACUUGAUUAAAUCAGAAUCUAACAAAAAAGUAGACAAAAAAGAUAACGAUAUACAAUUAUCUAAAAAUUCGAUUGAGUCGGAUGAAAAGGAAGCAACAAGUAUUCUUAAAAAACUUCAGGAAUGUCAGCAACCACGAAAAGCGACAAGAAAACAAAAGUUUGUGGUUUCCAUAUUAUUGUGCCACGUUGCGCUGCAGUUUUUUUUGCCGUACUCGCAUUUUAUAUCAAAGGGUUACAACAAUUGGGUGCCUGGUUUAUAUGGUUAUUCCUGGGAUAUGAUGAUCCAUGCCUGGGAUACUAUGCUAGUAGUGAUCAAAGUUCACGAUAACGCAAACAACGAAGUUCGAUAUUUAGAUCCUGAAGCAUGGGUUCAAGGAAAUAGAUGGGUGAGACAUGGGGACAUGGCGAUCCAAUAUUCGCAAUGUUUAAAGGAUAAUUUGAUGCGUCGAAGGGAGGAAACAUUGGGUACCCGUUACCAUUUUGAGGAUAAGGAAAAAUGGAUGAGACUGUCCACGAAUUUAAGCAUUUACAUGGACGUCUGGUGUUCGCUAAACGGCAGAUUUCAACAGAGAAUAUUUGACCCAAAUGUCGAUAUGUUGACGGUCGAUUGGCAUCCUUUCAAACCUGUUUCAUUUCUAAUGCCAUUACUCACGCGAUAUAAUUCGUAUCGAUAUAAACUGGAGGAAAUUCAGCAGCACGUAUAUACCUGGUCGAAUUAUACGGAUGUGUUAUUCGUAGCCGAUUUUCCGGGAAUGUACUUGGAAAAUUACAUAUCCACCGAUUUUGCAAACGUCUCCCUGACUGUAUUAGAAGGCCAAGUAACUUAUAACGAGGAAGAAUCGACAAAAACGAUUAUUGUACCGAAAGAAAAAUCGAUUCCCGUAAAAACAGGAAUGUUUCAUCGAGUAAAGACUACAAGUUCCUAUCCGGCGUGCUAUAUGUACACUUAUACCAAUGAAACGAAGAAGCAAUUGGAAAGCGACAGGGAAAAACCUCCUUCAGUAGAAAACACGCUACCGCUAUUAAAAGAAAUUAAUUAUAAAAUCACUGCGUGGGCAAGAGCAUUCGCUCAUAUAGCAAAUGCCUUCUUCAAUUUGGUAUAUGACGUUCCUAUGGUGCGACGAGUGCGCGUUAACAAAUAAUGAGCAUACAACAAAAGUUUAAGAUUGUAUUUCUACAUAUUGUCGACAAAGUUUCUUUAACACUUUUUGGAAAAAUUUCUUUUAUGUUGAGUUAAAUUAUAUAAAAUUUAAUACCCACAAACUUAAUAAUGCAGAAAUAUUUUAAUAGAUCUUGAAUGAAAAAUUUAGAGAAAUGAAAUUUAUGAUGAAAAGUACACGCGUCCCGUACAGUUUAUAAAUAUUUAUCUCUUAAAAACAUUAAUAGGAUAUUAUAAAAUAUUUCUAAACUGAUUGUGAUAAUCCUUAAUUAUCUUAAAUAAUAGUAAAAAAAGGAAGAGAAAACUAUUU